CCCGGUCUGAAAAAUCUUCUUCAACCUCUCUCGCUCGCUGUUUAGAUCUUCGCACAGUUCGGGGAGCUUCGGGGAUCGAAAAUGGCGGAGGAGAAGCCGACGAUGCGCGCGGUCUGCUACGAGUCUUACGGUGGAGGAGCCGCCGGGUUGAAGCAUGUGGAUGUACCGGUUCCUGCACCUAAAAAGGAUGAGGUUUUGCUGAAACUAGAAGCGAUCAGCAUAAACCCUUUUGAUUGGAAAAUGCAGAACGGAAAGAUGAGACCAUUUCUUCCUCGCAAGUUCCCUCAGAUACCUGCCUCUGAUGUAGCAGGAGAGGUUGUUAAGGUUGGACCAGCAGUCAAGAAAUUUAACCCCGGCGACAAAGUCGUAGCCACCCUCAGCCUCCUUGCAGGAGGUGGAUUAGCCGAGUUCGCCGUUGCGAAGGAGAACCAAACAGUGGCAAGGCCACCGGAAGUAUCAGCCCCUGAAGCGGCAGGGUUACCCAUGGCCGGUAUCACUGCUCUCCAAGCCCUCACCCAAAUUGCCGGGGUAAAACUCGAUGGGAGCGGGCCGCUGAAGAACAUCCUGAUCACCGCUGCCUCGGGCGGCGUAGGCCACUACGCGGUUCAACUCGCGAAGCUGGGGAACACGCACGUGACCGCAACCUGCGGGGCUCGCAACGUCGACUUUGUCAAGAGCCUGGGCGCGGACGAGGUCCUCGACUACAAGACCCCGGAGGGAGCUGCCUUGAAGAGCCCAUCCGGCAGGAAGUACGACUUCGUGGUCCACUGCGCGGAAGCUUUCCCUUGGUCGGUUUACGAGCCGAACUUGAGCGAUCGUGGCAAAGUGAUAGAUCUCAGCCCGAGCGUCAAUGGCAUGGCGACAUUCGCUAUCAAGAAGCUCACCUUCUCCAAGAAGCAGCUCGUGCCGAUGAUGGCGACGCUCACGGGUGAGAAUCUGGAAUUGCUGGUCAAGUUGGUUAAGGAAGGGAAGCUCAAGACCUUCAUCGACUCGACGCAUCCGCUGAGCAAAGCUGAAGAUGGUUGGGAAAAGUCUAUGAGUGGUCGCGCCACUGGCAAGAUCAUUGUGGCGCCAUAAGACUUAAGUGCUGGUGUUAUUUUGCAGUCUUUUUUUUUCCUGUGUAUUGUCUGUAAUAAUGUGUUGCUUAUUCAUGGCUUG